UCUCUCCAGGACACCACCUGCUCUGUUUUGUUGUUCCCUCCUCUACCCCAAGAUCAUUGCUCAGGAACAUUUGGGGUUGGUUGGUUUGGCUGAGGGUGGUGACUAAAGGAUUACAGAAGUGACUUGCAUGGUCGUAAAAGCUGACAACAUCUGCAAGUGUUGUCUUAGCUUCAGGCAUUUUUAUCUAACUUCAGUGAAGUUUAAUUCAGAUACACAUUAAUAUUCAAAUUAUGUACUGUGCACAUAAUUAAAUUAUGUACUGUGCACAUCUUCAGUUAGGCAGGGAGAUGGCCAUUUAUGUAUAUUUGCUGAAAAAAGCACAAUUUGAAUUUAGGCACAUUUUGUUAGCUGGAAAGCAUUUGUGAAAUCACUCUCCUCAUAGAUAUAAUUUUAUUUAAUGAAUAUAAUUGUACUAAUAGUAUUCAAUUCUGAAAUAUGACCUAUUUAUGGCUGAGUUUAUUGAAAGAGCUGCCAUGGAAUUAUCUUUCAAAAACAUGCUUUUGGUUGAAAAAGAGUAUUGAGCCAAAACUAAAUAGCUAUGUCUAGACUGGCAUGAUUUUCCGCAAAUGCUUUUAACGGAAAAGUUUUUCCGUUAAAAGAAUUUGCGGAAAAGAGCGUCUAGAUUGGCACGGACGCGUCUAGAUUGGCACGGAGGGAAGCUCAGCCCCCCGGUGGCCCCCCACCCACAGGAUCCCGGUCUGGCUGGCACCUUCACAUGUCUGCUUCUCCCUGGACUGUGGGGGUAGUGAGGCUCCCCCCUGCAGGAAUGGGCCCACUGGCUAGGGCACACAUGGCCUUGAUCCAAGCACAUGGCCUUUGAGCCAAGAACUGUCACUCUCAGCUCAGAAAUGAAAGCAAGGCUUAAGGCACAGUCUCUGCUGGGAUGACUAACAGUCUCUCUGUUCUCCACAGCUGGACCAAGUGCAAGGGGGGUGGGGUGGUCGACACCAACCGGGGCAGCAUCCUGACCCCAUGAGACUCGCCAGUGCAAGAGAACCAGGGACAAGUUGCAGAGGGAGCACCUCACGGCACUCUGAUCCAUGGAACAGACCCUGGACCGCAGAAAGACAUCCAGCCACGCCUGCUCAUCUUUCCAGCAUGUGGAAAGUGGCACUUCUGCUUUUGUGCUCCAUGCUUACUCUGAGGGGAUCAGCAAAGGCAGCUCCACUGAGGCCAGAAGAAAAAUGGAAACCUUUGGACAAUCCCAGAAACCGAGAUCUGUUUUUCAGAACACUCCAGGCUUAUUUUUCGGGGAGGGGUCUUGAUCUGAGAAAGUUCUUAAAUACUGUCUCUGUGAAUAAUGACAGACCCAGGCCUGUAGCUAUCUACACGGAUCCUACUGCUUCUGCAUUUGCAGAUUAUGAAGAAAAGAAAAAAAUGUUUCAAAACUACUUCAAAGACUGAAAGAAGCUGCUGACCACGGUGGUUACUUUUGGACUCCAUGUGAAUUGGAAGCACAUUUGAUAAAAUGUUACUGCUAUGGGGUUUCUAACUAUUAUCUGACAAUUUAACAUUUUCUUCAGCAUAAGAGUCUUUACAUAUCAGAUCUGACUGUAAUUGCCAUAUUUGCUCAUUUCUCAGGUGGUGAGGUAUGUAUGGCUGUGAAGAUUGGUCCAACAGGAUUUUAUUUGUUAAAAUAUAAAUGAAAGAAAAAUUCAGUCUGAUGGAAUACAUCAAACUAUUCCCCAUUGUCUUUGUUGAGGAAUGUAAAUAAAUGUUAUCUUUCAGUUUGUUACAUCUAGGUUUUAGAUAACUAUUUUCUUCAAUGGAAUUUUACAGAUUUCUUUUUUCAUUACAGUGCUUUGUAUUUGAUUUGGACAUGUGUGGAGCUUAAAAAAAAUCUUUCAGUCACUACAGAAA